AGCGGCGCUUGAUGCGCGUUUGUUUGUUGGAACCGUUUUCUCAAUGUGAGACGCAGAGUCCUCGUGACAACGGCGCGUCGCGUCGCGCGCACAGAGCAAGGACUAGUGUGGGCGUUUCAUGACGCGCUGACUCGCGCGAAUUAUACAGGUAUCCAUUAACGCGUAUCACUAUCUCGAGGAGCGACACGCUUUGUGUUUAUUCAGGUAAACAUCAUUGAGCACGAGCGGGGCAACUUUAUCACGUCCAUCCCAAUGUGUGUCACGCGUCUCAACUCAUCGUGACUGAAGAUGCAGAUCAACGUGACUGCUGGUAUCCUCUGGAGAUCUAAAGAGCCCUGAUCUGCUCAGCGGAGGAUCACAACACAGGAGGAGAUCCAGGCGCUGUGAGGAGUUAACCAGCUGUUGGGAGAAGUGGACCUUUGUGAAGUCAAUUUUCCUUUAUCAUUAGUUCGGACAUCUUGCGUUUUCGUGGAAUGCCGGACGGCCCUUCGGAGUAAAACCAGGUCAAUUGCCUUUGACCUCUGGCCUGUGGGAAACCUUUGGCUUUGAAAAAAAAUGUACUUUUGGUUAAACCAAGACAGAAACAUGAUAACUACAAUGUCUUUGGUUAAACCCAGACUCGCUGAGUGAACUUUACAACUGUGACUCGCAGGUAAUACAUUAAAUCUUAUCCACUGGAUCCUGGAGGGCCCGAGCAUCAUCAAGGUCUUCAUCAUGGUGAUGUCCCAGGGCACCUACACUUUCCUGGCGUGCUUUGCUGGAUUCUGGAUGAUCUGGGCUCUCAUUGUCAUGCUCUGCUGCUUUUGCAGCUUUGCCCAGCGCAAACUGAAGCGCAGACGUGAAGAGAGAUUGAGGGAACAAUGUCUGCGGGCUUUGGAGAUGGAGCCUCUCGACUGCACGGGAAGGGAGUUUCCUCCGAGAGAGGCGCCUCAGUUGUGCCCAUCGCUUCAGAUGUUGUCUCCACAGGUGCCGGUGACCCAAACCCUCCCUCAAGGAAACUGGAGCAUCCCUGAAGCAGACACGGAUGUCUUCGGGAAGCCCCCUUGCUACGAAGAAGCCGUUUUGAUGGAGGACCCACCACCCCCUUACAGUGAAGUUCUGGCUGACCCCAGAGGUGGAACCUACACCAAACCUGCACCCAGGUCCUCCAGGGAACAACAAGAGCCCGAAACGAGCAAGUUAUCCCCGGUGACGGUGUUUCCCGGACACGGCUACUCCUCCCUCAUACGCCUACCGUCGACCAGACGAUGGGACUCGCUCGGACACCUCCUGUCCAGCAUGGACCUUAACCACAACAACCUGCCGUUGGAGCCUCAGGCCUCCGCGAUCGCCACAAUGCCCCGCGAGGGCCGGACUCACACGGACUUGGGCUUGCGGGGUCUUCACAGUCUUGAUCAACACUACGGUUUGCCCACAGCCUUUCCUCUUUUGGGCCGAAGCACAGCGGUUUAAGCCCUUAUUUGCGUGGUGAAAUAAGACCUGCGGUAGUGCUGAGUCACAUGUAGUCACAGGAGUUUUCAACUGUUGUCAAUUUUGGGAUCCAAAUAUGGUAAGGAUGAUUCACUUUGUCUCUAUAUUCUAUCAGAGAAAAGAGAGAGAGAGAGAGAGAGAGAGGUUCGCUUUGUCAUCUUCUCUUUUCUCACUCGUCCUCGCUCUCCAUGGCAUCACUGCCUGAUGCAGAGCAGCAGCUAUUAUGUGACUGCCGUUGCCAUGGUUACCGGGAGCCGUCUGCAGCCCACCAACGCCUUGCGCUCACAUCCUCUCUUCCUCACUUCUCAUCCGUGGCUCACUGAUAUAAUACAAAUGACAUUUCAAACCCUGUCUUUGGAAACCAGGGUAUAACAUAGAACAGCAAAAUAACAGUGGUCGUACUGUAGCUACACGAUGCUGCUGAACUGUGAAGAGUGUCAUUUUAUAAACUGUGAAACAAUAUAAUCUUUCGAGGUUCUUAUAGACUUUUUUGAAUUAGAGCUUCACGAUAAUCAUAACAAGAUCAAGAAGAUUUCUAGAGCUGACUUAGGAAUGAUCUUUUCUUUUGGACAAAAUGUCUUACAAUACCUUAAAAACAAAGGUGCUUAAAAGGUUCUUCACAGCGAUGCCAUAGAUGAACCAUUUUUCAUUCCACAAAGAACCAUUCAGUCAAAGGUUCCUCAAAAAAAAAAUUCUUAUGUUUUAUCAUCUAAAAAACUUUUAUUGAAACAGAAAGGUUCUUCAGAUGUUAAAGGUUUUUUUAUGGACCCGUUUAGCUAAAAAUGGUUCCUCCCUGACACCAUGAAGCCCCUUUAUUUUUAAAGGGGACAUUUCACAAGACUUUUUAAAGAUGCCAACUUUGGUGUCCCCAGAGUAUGUAUUUGAAGUUGUAGCUCAAAAUAUCAUAUAGAUCAUUUAUUAUAGCAAGUUAAAAUUGUCACUUUGUAGGUGUGAGCAAUAAUGUGCUGUUUUUGGGUGUCCUUUAAAAUGCAAAUGAGCUGAUCUUUGCACUAAAUGACAGUGCCGUGGUUGGAUAGUGCAGAUUAAGGGGCGGUAUUAUCCCCUUCUGACAUCACAAGGGGAUCCAAAUUUCAAUGACUUAUUUUUUCACAUGCUUGCAGAGAAUGGUUUACCAAAACUAAGUUACUGGGUUGACCUUUUUCAAAUUUUCUAGGUUGACAGAAGCACUGGGAACCCAAUUAUAAUGCUGCGUUCACACCAGCCGCGGUAGAGGCAUCAAGCACGAGUGAUUUCAAUGUUAAGUCAAUGUGAAGACACGUUGACAUGCGUCAGGAGGCCUUGUGGCGUGAAUGAAGCGUUUAGCGCGGGAAACACGCGAGUUGAAAAAUUUUAACUUUGGCGGAAAAAUGCACCAUGUUAACCAAUCAGGAGCUUGCUCUAGUAUUGACGUGAUUACAGAAAGCGAGCUAAGUCGCAGAAGCCCCUCCCAUGACGCAAAUUUCCGCAUGAAUGUCUCGAUAACUAGAAUUUCACACGCGGCUUUUACUCGUGAAUGAGGCGAGUGAACUCAAAAUGUUCAAGCGGCAAACAAGACGCAGUAGAUGCGAAUUUGACGCCUCAAACGUGGCUGGUGUGAACCCACAGUAACACUUAAACAUGGCAAAAUCUGAUUUUCAUGAUAUGUCCCCUUUAAGAGUGUAUUUGCAGACGCUGUCAUCCACAGCUUUCAUUACUUUAUGCUUUUACACAAAAGAUGACUUUUUAUUACAAUACACUCUUAAAAAUAAAGGUUCCUGUAUUGUUUUUUGUCAGGCACGUAUGGUUCCAUAAAGAACCUUUAACAUCCACAGAAACUGUAUGUGGCACAGUAUUGGAAAUAUGUUUAACAACAGACUAUAAAAAUGUGAGAUAGAAUGCAAACCUACAAUUACAUUUUUCCACUUUUAUAUAGCGCUUUUCACAAUUGUUUAAUGCUUUACACAUUAAUAAAAGCAGGAGAAACACAGAAAAAUCUGUGGACAACAUAAGCAGCAGAGUAGAGGGGUGUACUAGCGAGCGUAGUAAUAAUGUAACAUAUAGAAGAGAGUUCAAAGUUAAGUCAAUGUCAGCUGACUCCCUAGGGGUUGAAAAAACCUACCUACAUCAAAAAUGAGAUAUUGAUAAUAACUGAAUGCUCUUGGCAUGCAUUAUACGUUCAUCAAAUUUGCUUAAUCCAGCCUCAGGUCAUUCAGAAAUACCGCUUUGUUGACAGAAUCCAUUAAGAGUCUGAAAUAAAAUGCUCAUUUACCAGAAAACAUGCCAGACGCACUUAGAGGGUUUUGCAUUUGAGCUCUUGUUUCUUUGAGGAACCUUUAACGGAAAAGAUCUUUGGGGAACCAAAAAUGGUUAUUCGGUGGCACCACUGUGAAGAACCCUUUAUAGCACCUAUAUUUUAUACUAUUUUAAAGUCACUGUAUGAAUAAUGAUUUUCCAAAUAACAUUAAACCUCUUAAUGCACUUGAAAGGGCCUUAGUUGACCAAUGAAUAGGUAUCAAGAAUGUCAUAACAUUUUCACACUACACAAUGUUGCCCACUUUACUCCCCGCUGGGCCACUGGAGUACUGGAGUUCAUGACUUCCUCUUUUACCUGUACUUACAUGGGUGCUUCUCAAACCCUGUGCUUUUGUAGCCUGUUAUUUGUCCUCAUUUUAGUGAUUGCUGCAUUGUAAAAAAGCAUUGUGAACAUUGUGUAUCGCCAUCAUUUACCAUUAUGUUUCCAUGCCCUUAAACAACUCUACCUCAAUUCAGCUAAUCAGUCUUUGUCAUUAUACACGAACAUAACAUUGUUUUCAUGCAUGCGCUGGGUGCUUUCGAGUUACUAUUCAGAAUGCUUGAUUUUGGAAAAGCAAUGACGCGUACAGGCUGUAAAAAUAUGGAUGUAGUGUCCGUGACCUCACCUAUAGGUUUGUGAAGAGCUUCUUGGCAGCGCGUCACCGCACAUCACUCGCAGAUAACCGAAAAUUGAAGAGGCGGGACGUGGGUGAAGCUGAGGUGGCUGUUUGCUGAAACCACGCCCACUCAGCGCGCCACUUAAGUGGCCACGCAUUUAUUUAUACAGAACUUUAAGGCUUAAUAUAAACAGAUGAGAUUUUUUUUUUAAUUAUAAUCCCUUGCAAAGUUAUGAAAAUAAAGAAGAAUGUAAAAUUAACUGCUGUUCAGAUUUUAACCCCUAAAUAUAGAUGAUAUUUCAAGACAUUAUACAUGUUAAAACGUGACCAUAUGCAAAUCCAAGCACAAUCGCUUCACAAUCAUGGAUAAACCUAAGAACAUCCUGUGGCCAAAUGUUGAUCGAUUCAGGGGAGACGUAUUUUUGCACAGGCUGAAAUACAAAACAGCACACAGACAAUCAAUCACAAUCGCAAAUUUACUGCACCUUAAUCUUAGUCAUCGAAAUAAUUCCCAGGGUAUUGAAAAAUGUGUAAACUCUUCAGAGUAUUAAGAGUUUAAUAGUGAGAUCAUUCGGAUUGUUUUGUUUCUUUGCCCCAUCUGUUUUCAUUUAUUCUGUUACAUCACAACAAGGCACCUGUCCUCCAGCAAUGUGUUGCUAAGCGACUGAAGUCGAGCGUGUGAAUGUGUUCAUACAGAUGAAGUGAGCGCUACCACUGCAGCGCUGGGUACACACAAUUCUCACAUUCACUCGAUGUGAUUUGUGGGCUUAAAAUUAGCAAUUUUGAGACAUAUCGGUAUUGCAUAUCAAAGUGUCCUGUUGGAAAAGACGCCAUUUAACAUAAAAUCAUCUUUUUAAAGCACCUGAGGCACAAUGUUUUACUAACAACUACUACUGUAACUGUUGGAUAGUCUUUUAUAUAGCAUCAAAUCACAUGUGCAUGAUCAAGUAUUUGGCCUGCCUCACCUGUAUCUAAGAAUUAAAACCAGCAAAAUCAAACAAUGUCAUCAUUCAGACAAUACUUUUAAUGACUAGAAAUCUAAUGCUUGGCUGUAUCCCAUAGCAACCCAAUUAAGUGACGAAUGCAUCUGCAAAUCUGUAAAUUAAAAAAAACUGGGUUAUUUUCAACCCAGUGUUGGGUCAAGCCGUUUAGAAGAUUUUUUUUAUGUUUGAUCCAACAAUGGGUUAAAAAAGAACCAAACAUUUUUUUUAAAUGGGUUUCUAACCCAUGCUGCGUAAAUACUGGACAGAACACAGAGCUGGGUUAAAAAAUUACCCAGCGUGCUGUCCAUUUACACAGCAUGGGUUAAAAGUCAUUUUGUUUUAUACAAUUUGACUAUAUAUUUUAUGUUUAAUCAUUUGUUGCUGGAAAAUGAGUUUUUGCAGGUUAUCAAAAAUGAUUAUUAUACCUUAUUUAAAAUUGAUGAAAAUUAAAUUCUGUCCAUAUGCAUCCCUGUUUAGCACAUUCUUUUACUGAAUAUGUUAAAAAAGUCUUCAGCUCAUUGUGGGAAAAUGUAUAAGAUGUUUGUUUGUGGCCAUCAUCAUUUGAAAUCAUCUUCUCAGAUUUUCCCUCUUUUUAUUUUUGCUUUGUUAUCGAGCACAACUGCCUCAACUUGAACUCCAUUUAGUUUAGAAUAAAAUGUUCAAUUCAGAUGCUACAAAACAUGUUCUUUGUCAUAUGAACUGUCGAGGGCAAACUGUGAAAGUAUACUAUCAUGCAAUGUUCACGUAGCAUGCAAAGUGUGCUUGCGUGUGUAGACACACAAUCAGAGCUGUGUAUUGAUUCAUAGCUGCUAUAUGUAUCUCCAUAUAUAUGUAAAGAUUUUUGCUUUGUUUUUCUAAAAAUAUACACAAUACACAGAAUGGGGCAACGACUGCCAAUGAGCUCAAUUUCUUAUUAAUAAAACUGAGGUACAACAUAUG